UCACACACACACACAUAUAUAUAUUCAUGUUUCUCGCAUGUCGACUUCUAUUUUGCUGUGCGUGUUUGUAAGUAUGCGCACAUAUAAACAAACAAGUAGACAAGCAGCCAGGAAGACAUCACACACAGACACACACACGUAUAUAUAUAUACACACACACAUGUCCUCCCAGUUCUUCAAUCUAGUAAACUGAGGGACAGAUAACAAUUUAUGAACUCUCGUGUGCUUUUAAGUUCAUCUUUACCGGAUUCAGUUGCACCUAAACUUUAUUUGAAAUCCCAUAUCUGGAAUCGACAGGAAAUUAGAAUUUACUCAUUCCUUUGAAAUGGGCUGUAAAAAUAACCAAACGGAACGUUCUUGCAAACAAACCCUGACGAGAACCUUUGAGAAUCCGCUGGAGUCGGAGGGUUUCGAACAAGACGCAAAGUUCUCUGUGCGCUUAUCUGUCCUUUAAGAAAAGCCUGUUUGUGUUUGUUUACGCGCGCGUGUACCUAACAGGCGUUUAAUUUUGCAAACUUUCUCAUGUCACUGAUAAAAUCCCGCUAGACAAAACACAGUGCCUCAAAACAAACCCGCCACCCUGAAUCCACAUAAAUCUCCCACGGGAGACGUACGAGUUCUGUCCCCUUGUGUUUGGACUUGCUCGCUUGCGUGCAAUAUUCUUUGCUAUCAUGCCUCAGCUUCCCGUGAUAGUCACUCUUUUGUACGGCUGAGCGAAGGGAAAGAAAUCGCAAAAGAAUAUGGCUGCCAUUUGGUCAAAAAAAGCUGUGAUGGACGCAAAGUGCCGGAGGUGGAAAUGAAAGCAUUUGUCUUCGUGCCAUCUAUGGCGGUGCACGCUACUAUUUAAAGCAUUGCAUAGGACUAGGCUUUUAUUAUUGAUGAUAGACAUUAGAUAAGUUCCUAGUAAAAUAUAUUUAUAUUUGAUGGUUUUUUAACUGAUGCAAACUUGUAUUGUGUAAGUUUUUUAAGUAGGGAAAAUGCCUUGUUUAAAUAAAUUGAUGUGUGCCACUAUUGAUAUAAAUAAUAUGUUUUCCUUGUAUUUAGAACAUCAUACAGGAAUUUACUUGAUCAAAAGGGUCGCAAAGGUCAAUAGUCUACUGUCUACUGGUUGCUUUGUAAGAAGUAUGAUGACAGAUGCGGCGAACCAUAAGAUUAUUCUAAUCCUCCGAGGUUACAGCGGACGAUUCCCCCACACUCCAACUCCUGCACCCCACCCCUCCACCAACCCCUUUUCUUCCAAUCCAUGAAAACAGCCGUCAAAUGUCUGACGCGAGCGGCUCCGAUACUGUGCCGAGCCCACCCGUAUCAGUUCAUCGCUCCAUCCUUCCUUCUGAGAGGCUUGGUCCACACGCCGGUGUGUAGACGGAGAAGGAGGCCUGCACAAAAUGCGCACCCGGUUAUGUCAUUACACAUAGAUGAAAGAGAAGUGCGGGGGAGUGGGAACAUGAGAGAGAGAGAGGUGAGCGAGAGGCAGGCUGCGGUUACUUGGUCGUCGUCGUCGUGCUUCAAGAGGUCGACACAGAGAGACACUGCCGCCAAGUGUGUGCAGCUGGCCGCAGUCGUCCGCUGAUGUACUUACACGCUGCGUGUGGAGGAUAUUGUUGUUGUUGUGUUGUCGCUACUUCCGUGAUGAUACUACACCCAGACAACCAGUCACACUCGUCACGCUUGAUCAGGAGGUGAGUUACACCUGGUGUUAACUGUGUAGUCCAAUGUAAUAUUCUUCGACAUGGUAUCUUCGUGUUAAAAAAUAUAUACAUUUUACUGAUUUUUUUUAUCGUAAACUAAAUUAAAGUUUUAAGUGUGAUUUUAUGACCAAUUAUGUAAGUUAUUGAGAAAUACACAUAAAUUAUUUUAUAACAAUUAUAUGGCGUUCAGCCGGAAAGCCUGUGUCUAUAGAGGUGUAUAGAUAUGUCUAGGUGUAUACUCUAUAAAAGAACAGAGAUGUAGUAUGAAAAGGUCCAAACAGCAGAGUUAAGCAAACCUUAUCUGCUCUAAUUGCUCUAUCAAUGUAAGCAUAACUUUUUCUCUUUUCAUUAAAGGUUCCUGCGACACCUGUUAGGUCCAAGAUUCGUUUCUCGACUAUUCCCCAUUUUACCCGUCACUCGCACUUAAAACUAAGAAUGAUGAACAGUCCGGACAACUUUCUGCCUUACUUGACCGGUCUGAGGACUGCCCCAGCCUUCUACUCCCACCCGUAUAACCCUGCCACCCACCCGUACGGCGUGUGGAGCUACGCACAGGCUGGUCUGGACCUGAACCGUGCCUACGCCCUCCGGAUGAUGGAGGAAAUCCAGCGGAGAGAGCAGCCUCAGAAACCUCCCUACUCCUACAUCGCGCUCAUUGCCAUGGCAAUCAAGCACGCCCCAGACCGGAAGGUAACCCUGAAUGGUAUCUACCAGUUCAUCAUGGAGAGGUUCCCGUACUACCUGGAGAACAAGCAAGGAUGGCAGAAUUCUAUCAGACACAACCUCUCGCUAAACGACUGUUUCAUUAAGGUUCCCAGAGAGAAAGGCAAGCCAGGAAAAGGUAACUACUGGACUCUAGACCCAGAAUGUGAGGAGAUGUUUGAGAACGGAAAUUAUCGCCGACGAAAACGCAGAGUCAAGGUGCACGGGAAGUCGACUGAGUUGCUUUCCCACCUCAAGAAAGACGGCGCAAUGGAUCAUGGGAAUGACGUAACAGGAAGCAAAGCAGACGACAGCGGUCGCAACGACGCGGCCAGCUGUGACCUCAUGCCGCAGGAGCACUUGUCCGCGGCCUCCUUUUCGUCUGACGACAGCACAGGCUUUGCAGACGACGUAAAAAUGGACCACAGUCACGUCUGCAUGGAGGACAUCAGCGACGACGACAGCGGCAACGACAUCGACGUUGACAUGGACAGCGUGGCUGCGGCUGCUGCUGCGCAGGUGGUUGCAGCAGUGACGGCGGAGGUGAGAGGCAAGGGUGUGACGACAGACAGUCAGGGAAGCGGGUCCGUGGAGCUCCCUAAAGACUUGUUAAGGUCCAAGAAGCUGGUACUGCGGUGCGACGAUGGUGAGGGUCAGAAGGAAAAUGGAUGGAUUGAAGGCAAGGAGAAGGGAGACAGUUUGUCUCGUAGGGUGGCGUGCAACAGUCGGCCAUCUUGUGAGGACGACAACAGCGGCAGCAGUGGAGGAAGCGCUGGCGGCCCGUCUUUAAGUGAGACUCGCAAUGUCCGAGGACAAGACAGACGCCGAAACACGAAUCCCUUUUCUAUCGACAGUCUCAUCGGCAACGCUGACUUCCGCUCCCCAGGAAACAAGGAGAAAAAGGAUGAGAGCAGCGAUAAGAAGCCAGACAGCAGAGCAGCGGCGAUGAAAACAGAGAAAAAGCCGGAUAUAUUCGACAAGAUUCCCAGUCCCCCACCAAAGGUCAUCGACCUCAAAAGAAAUGCCCUCGACAUGUCCCUCUCCCUCACACCUCGCUUCCUCGACCCUCACCUGCAAGCUAACAUCUACGGGAGCAUGACCCCGACGGCACCACUCCACCAGCUCAUCUAUUCUUCUCCCCGGAUAGGAGGAGGGUUUACUGGCAGGUACCCUCAGUCCUUCGCCUUCUCCACGGGUGGAAGCCUCUCCUACGGAGCGGGGCCCGGACUGGAGCAGAAUCCUCUCAGCAUCUCGUUUCCUUUCCACAGGGCGGGUGGAUCGAGUCUGUCACACACAAGUCCAUGAAAGUUCCUGUGGAUAUCGUCCGUAAAGGUUCUGUGAACAUCGUGCUUAAAGGAGCAUGUGAACACUAUCCUCAAAACUUACUGUGAACACAGCUUCCUUUAAGCCUACUGAAUAAUGUUGAUCACCCUGUGAAACAACUUAUGAGCUCAUCUUAAAAAUGACAUCGAAAAAACUAAAUAUCGCAAAAAUUGCAUUGUGGACAACAUGACGGUUACCGGACAAAAUUCAAAUAUUCGUUACUUACACUAUUGAUAAAUCGCCUUUGUUACAUUAUGUUCAUUCUUACUUCUGGAUCCAUGGUUUAUAUGUUUGUCUCAAAGUGAUUUGCGAGAGAGAAGGAAAAAUAAAAAAGGACAGACAAGAGACAGAAAACAGAAUGAGGUGGAAAGGUGGAAAGGAGAGAGAAAUAGAGAAGAGUUGUCUUACUUUGUGAUAGCCGAUAGCCUUAUAAUUCGUUUAUCGAGUUCAAGUUCUUGGCCAUCUUCAUCAAACCGCAGUCAUCGUGAGUUUACAGCAAUAAAAUCCAACAUGUGAUCUGUUCUGUCAUCGUUUCUAGACUAAUCUGCAGCUCUGUGUUAAGAGUACUUUGAUGUUUCAUCUUGUUUUAAAAGUGACUACACACUUGACACCAGGCUAUUCUAUUUAUUUUAGAAGCUGGACCCCUUGCAAACAUGUUUUUGCCCAAGAUUAGUCAUGAUACUUUAAACUUGCAUAUUUGUGUAUGUAACCUGAGUGGUUAUGAUAUAAAGUGUAAGGGACAAAAUUAUUUGAAGAGAUUACUGUUAAUAAACGCGAGAAAAAUCACCAGUUAAACGGGUGGCAUCUUUUGUAGAUGUGUCUGCGCAUCAUCGUUGUAAGUGUUGUAAGUUGUUCUCUGCGGUUAAUAAUUGUGGAUUGUCACUAAUACAUUUAAAUGCA